AAAAAGAAUGAAGACAAAUCUUAUGGAUUCAUUAAUUACUGAAGUUGAUGCUAUGGCUGAAGAAGAAAACCUUCAAGAAAAAUUACAAAAGCUUGACAAACUCGUUGAGGAAGCUACAAUAGACGAGGAGAAAGAAACAUGGAGACCCAACGGCAACGUUAAUGACCAUCUUCGUUCACAUGUGAUGGCAAUGAAAUUAAAGCAUAAAAAUUCUCUGGAAGAAUGUGUGAGGGAGAAGGAACAAGCAACGGAGGCUCUUCGACAACAGGUCAACCGAUAUCGGAGUCAAGUGCGUUUAUUGGAAGCGAAACUGCAAAACCUCCACGAUCAAAGUUUGGACUGUUCUGUGAUUAAUAGUGUUGAUACAAAGAUAACCGAGAGAAUAAAAGAGUUUAAAUGAUUAUUAAUUAGUUUAUAGGAGUUUAAGUGGAAGACUGUAUGUAUAUAUUGCUAAAGAUUCUUAUCAUUGUGUUAUGAAAAUAAAACUUUUCUGCAAUAAAUUAUUUUUAAAUGUC